UCCUCAGUUUCCACAAGUCCCCAGUUUCCACACACAAGUCCUCAGUUUCCACACACAAGUCCUCAGUUUCCACAAGUCCUCAGUUUCCACAAGUCCUCAGUUUCCUCACACAAGUCCUCAGUUUCCACACACAAGUCCUCAGUUUCCACACACAAGUCCUCAGUUUCCCCACACAAAUCCUCAGUUCCCACACACAAGUCCUCAGUUUCCACACACAAGUCCUCAGUUCCCACACACAAGUCCUCAGUUUCCACACACAAGUCCUCAGUUCCCAUACACAAGUCCUCAGUUCCCACACACAAGUCCUCAGUUUCCACAAGUCCUCAGUUUGCACACACAAGUCAUCAGUUUCCACACACAAGUCCUCAGUUUCCACACACAAGUCAUCAGUUUCCACACACAAGUCCUCAGUUUCCACAAGUCCUCAGUUCCCACACACAAGUCCUCAGUUUCCACACACAAGUCCUCAGUUUCCACACACAAGUCAUCAGUUUCCACACACAAGUCCUCAGUUCCCACACACAAGUCCUCAGUUUCCACACACAAGUCCUCAGUUCCCACACACAAGUCCUCAGUUCCCACACACAAGUCCUCAGUUUCCACAAGUCCUCAGUUUCCACACACAAGUCCUCAGUUUCCACAAGUCCUCAGUUUCCACACACAACUGUAA